UGCAGAGUGAUUAAGAUUACGGCAGGCAGAUUUUAGGAUCGGAGGGAAGAAGAAUCUGGAAUGUCGUUUCUGUGGGAGAAGAGCCAGACAUGGAGAUGGCUGGUCACGAAGACCAGGGAUUCCAAGCCCUUCUUCUUCGCCUUCGCCACCGUCUGCGGCGUCGUUCCGGGGGUCAUCGGCUAUUGCGUCAUGCAGCUCACUAGUUCUAGGAAUCCUGAACUCGAAGCCAAGCUUCGCCAGUCUGCCCGACCCGAAUCCAUGCAGAGGAAAGAGGAUACAAAUGACAGAUAUGUUGCUGCUUUAAGGGGAGAGACACUGACUAGAAACCCAUAUGUAAGGAUUCAACCAGUCGCUAAGCCAAGUGACAGUGAAGCUAAAAAGGAACAGAAGUAGACUGUGUGGUGGCUGCUUUUUGGUCUCAGUAGAGUCGUUUGUUUUAGUUUGGGAUAAACGUUUUCUACUGGUUGUGCCUACUCCGGGGAUUUUGAAUUGUGCUGGCCUCUGCUUCUGCUGACAUUAGCCCUGCAACAUCAUGUGUAUUUGUUCAAAUGAGGAUUGUCGGAUGCAUGGUGGAGUUGAAAUCCAUUUGAAAUUAUUUAAUUGCACAAACCGGAAAGGGAAGAUAGAAUUUGUCACUGUUGUCCUGCUUGCUAAAAAGAAAAUAUUUUGAUCUCAAAUUUGGCUUUUAGUCGAUGCACUCAUUGUUCCUGUCCGCUUCCAAGUUGUUUGGAACCUUCUGCUUGUAUUUUGUUUUAGCUGUAAUGACCAGAAAGCAACUUCCAAGAGCAAGCUGGUAUCUAAUGCACUUUUUGACAGUCCUAGUUUAGACAUAUGGGCAUUCAA